AUGAAGUCUGUGGUGCAAGGCGAGCUACUCAACGAAGGUAAAAUACAUCGAUAUAUAGUGAACAGACAUCAGGGAUCCAGAGGAAGAGUAAUAUGUCAUCCGCCUUUGAUCUUUGCCCUCCAAACGCUCUACCAAUUGUCGGAUGGAGAAACCAGGGAGAGUUUGAAUGGUCGUUGGCAGUGGCCACCGGGAGAGGGAAUAUCGGGAGAGUGGCCCAAAGUUCAGGGCUUCAGAACUCUACUGGUUAAGCCAAUAGAUAUAUCCGAUUCCGCCAGAGAGGCGGUGAGGAACGUGAGUGAUUUGGAGAUCAUGGAUUUCGUGAACCCGGGACAACGUCUGUUUGAAAUUAAUCAAAGAGUGGAUUUCUUUACAAGUCCCAUGACAGCCAGAUUAGUAAGGAAACGACAUCUCAGCAGGCACACCCAGAUGAUUUCGAUAAGUGCCGGAGUGAUAGAAGGUCGUUGGAAAUUUCCGUUUAGCAGGAAAAACACCAGAGAUCGUCCCUUCUUCGAACAGUUUGGCUCAAAUCGGGAAGAAAGGCUUGUGAUGGUACCCACCAUGCACCAGGUUGGAGUUAGGUAUUCCUAUGCCCAGCUGGCUAGUACAGAAAUGCUACUCUUGCCAUUGGCCGGUAAUGAAAACGUAAAAUUCAUGAUUCUUUUGAGCUCCGUUUUAUACUGCACGGUUGACUUAAGGCCAAUCAGUUUCAUUAUGCCCACUUACGAGAAUCUAACAGAUUUAAUAAAGUUCGGAAAGGAGCAACUAGUGGAGGUGCAACUACCAAAACUGAGAUUCACUUACUCAGUGGAGCUUGUUCCGCACAUUUUGGAUGAUAUGGGUUUCAAAAGUUUAUAUAGCGAGGCAGCAAACUUUGGGAGACUUUCGAACACCACAAAACUACGACUUUCCAGCAUGAUGCACACGGCAGCCAUUGAUAUUGACGAGGGCGGCAUUAAUGAGGUGAAGCAAAGUUAUGUUAAAGAAAAAGUGCAUAAACAGCGGCGGGAUAAUGGAGUUAAAUUUUACGCAAAUCGGCCUUUCUUUUUCGCCAUUCUCGAUCACAGGCAGGUCUACUUAACUGGCGAAUAUGUAGGUCCCUAA